AUGCCACCACCACGACUACGACACCUCCUAGGGCGUGGGCACCAGGCUCGCUCCGGCGGCGCUGGGCCCACCAGCACCGAGCCCUACUUCUCCGCGGAGAGCAGCUCCUGGCGGAGCCCGGACGACAUCCUCUCGAUCCUGAUGAUCAUCGGCGGCGACAUCGUCCAGCGCGCGGUCGCGCAACUCGCGGGCAGCGGCCCGGGCCAUUUCGCGCCCGUCGCGUUCUCCUUCGGCUGGCUCGCGUACUCCGUCUCCGCGCUCACCUCCGCGGUCGGCGACGGCCGCCUGCUGCCACCUCCCGACAUGGCGGCGUACGUCGUGAACGCGGGCACGGGGUAUGUGCGCGACAACGCGAGCUGGGUGCUCGGCCGACUCCUGCGCGACCACGAGAAGCGCACGUUCAAGGGCGGCUCGCUCACCGUCGCGUUCUUCCGCACAAAGCCGAAUGGCAAAGCCGGAGUCCCCGCGCGCGACUGGGUGUACUGGUCAGGCGUGCUCGUCAUCCUCGCGCAACUCGCGAUCGCGGUCAUCCCUGGGGCGCUGGACGGGAAUUGGAUCCCGCUGAUCUGGCGCGAGGAGAAGUAUGCGGCGCGCGUGGUCGAUCCGGUCAAGGGCCGCGAAGUCGUGUGCAUCACGCGCGGGAACGGGAGUACGUUCGCGAUGGUCGUGAUCAGCGACCGGACGGGCAUCCGGCUGGAAGACCUCGCGGGCGGACGCGACAAGCGCAGGACGGUCACAUCGGUCAUGUCCGCGGUGCUCUGUGUGCUCUGGGUCGUCCUGCUUCUGACGGUGGAGGGGCUCCAGGGAGAUGCGUGGUACCUGCUCGCGGUGGGCGGUCUCGGGAUGGUGCAGAAUGUCGUCGCGGCAGGCGCGCCGCGCCGCGCGGACGCGCUCGGCUUCCACUUUGAGCCGGCUACCAAGGAAGACGUCCUGAAAGAGAAGAAGGUCAUACAGACCCUCAUGAAAGCGGAAGAGAAGGAGCCUGGUGUAGGACUUGCUAUGCUGCCAUUGUUUUUCCCUGGAGACCUGCGCGAGGACGAGAAGAAGUACUGGGACGUCAAGAAGGCGGAAAAGGCUGCGCGGGAGGUGGCAGCAAAGAAAGCGAAGGAGGCAAAGCAAAGGCUUCCGGAGAAGACCCCCGGCGGGAACUUGCCCGAGAAGGACCCGAAGGGCACCCCGAUUGUGUCGUUCGUCGCAGAGGUCCCUCCCACACCACUGGUCCCCAUCACAUCCCGGCCGAGCAGGCGGAGAGCGGAUACCGCCGCUACGUUGGUGGAUGAUUCACGAUGA